AUGGAAAGCAACGGAAAACCUGGUAAAAUUCAUCUCAGCGAGAGUGCCUUCAUGCUGCUACAGCAGCACUAUCAUGGUGAAUAUGCUUUAGAAAGCCGUGGUGAAAUUAUCAUCAAGGGUAAAGGCGUAAUGAAAACAUUUUGGUUGAAUGGACGAAGAUCGCCUACACAUCGGAAUCGCAGCGUUCCCAAGGCAGCACGAAACGAUAGCAUUGAUGAGGAUGAGCUGUGA